AUGAACACCUCCACCACUGAGUCUGUUGUCACAACGUGUCCCCAGACAAUGAGAUACGAGCUGAACACUAGCUGCAACUGGUCCUGGCCUCUAUGUAAUUGGACAUCUAGUGGUGAUAGGCUCCUGCUACCCACAUUCUCUACCGCUGCUAAAGUCAGAGUGAUCAUUACUUUUAUCCUGUGCAUCAUAUCUGCUUUCUGUAACCUUGCUGUGUUAUGGGCUUCUAAUGGCAAGAACAAGCGCAAGUCCCAUGUCCGUGUCCUAAUCUUGAACCUAACUGUUGCUGACCUGCUGGUCACAUUCAUUGUGAUGCCAGUGGAUGCAGUAUGGAACAUUACAGUGCAAUGGCUGGCGGGGGACUUUGCCUGCAGGCUACUGAUGUUCCUUAAACUCCAGGCCAUGUACUCCUGUGCUUUUGUCACCGUGGUGAUAAGUCUGGACCGCCAAUCAGCCAUCCUCAACCCUCUGGCUAUCAACAAGGCUAGGAGGAGAAACAAAUGUAUGCUGACUGUGGCAUGGUUGAUGAGUAUAGCUCUGUCGGUGCCUCAGUUGUUGAUUUUCCACAACGUGACCAUCACUUUUCCAGAAGAGUUUACUCAAUGCACGACACGAGGCAGCUUCUUCAUGCACUGGCAGGAGACAGCUUACAACAUGUUUACCUUUUCUUGCCUAUUCCUGCUCCCUCUGGUCAUAAUGAUUACUUGCUACACCAGGAUUCUCAUUGAAAUUUCGAGGAUGACGAAGGACAAUUUUUCCUCAAAUGAAGUGCACCUGCGCCGUUCCAAGAACAACAUUCCCAAAGCCCGAAUGAGAACUCUGAAAAUGAGCAUUGUAAUCGUCCUGUCUUUCAUCAUUUGCUGGACCCCAUAUUACCUGCUGGGUCUUUGGUACUGGUUUUUCCCUGAAGACCUGGAGGGAAAGGUCUCUCACUCCUUAACCCACAUCCUCUUCAUUUUUGGGCUCUUCAAUGCAUGCUUAGAUCCCAUCAUCUACGGGCUUUUCACCAUCCACUUCCGUAAAGGACUGAAGCGAUACUACCAAAAUGCAACUAGAAUGUCGGAAAUAGAGAAUAAUACUGCCAUCACUGGAUCUUUCAGGUGCUCUGCCACCUCUUUGGCCUUGAAAAGGCAUGCCACUGACAGACAAGAAAUACGACAACCCAGUCAUGUCCAGAAAGAACCAGAACCAAUGUCCAGCGCAAAAGUCAGCUAUUUAACCAUUUACAAUGACCAAGGACGGGUGGAUCUCAGUCGGUCCAGUCCUGAUGGCUUGGUGUGUGAUGAAGAGAAACUUAACAUUGAAUCACUGCAACUGUGA